AAAAGUAGCGUCUAGUUUACAUGAAAAUUUCAUUGUAAAAGCUCGGGUCUGGGGAGUGGGGAUAUCUGAAAACAAGAAUUAUUACAUGAGGCUUUCAGUCGUGCUUCCAUCUGGUGCCUGUUAGAUGAAGCAUGAACUGAUUUUUGGGUAGCUACAAUUUGCAAUUUUGUCCAAAAUGUAAAUCAAUCCAAACCCAAACAGCUGUGCAGAUGUCAAACUAUGAAACUUCGAGAUUUUCCAUUUGAACGGCUUUUAAUAGACUGAAAUACAUACAACUAUCGAUUGUCCAUUAGAUAAAGAAUAUAUAACUUAUUUCUGCUAUACAGGAAUAUAAAAAUAUCAGCAACGUUACGUCGAAUCUUCCGCAAUUUUACUUUUGUUCAUUUGAUAAUUUUGGUUAUAUUAUUAGGCCCCCUAGUCCUAAUGUUGAAGAACAUAGUACUCCUAUGCAUAGCGGUCCUAAAUGCUCAAGGGACACGUAUGUCUAAUGGAUAUUGGAAUGGAAAAUGGUUUCCUCAUGCACCGGAUGAUAUGGAUUCAAAUCCUGCUGCAUCUCUGAGAAAUCAUCUACUGCAUGAUGGGAAACAUGGAAUAUCAAUGGGCAUAGUAGAUCCUGCUUGUGAUGAUGCAAAGACUAAUCUAGCUAUAGACUGGUUCAUGAAUCCUGAAAACUACACAUGCUAUGAAAAUAGACGUCUGUAUCUUCCAAAAAGCACAGUGCAUCCUAUACAUAGUACAGAUCAUAUUCCUCCGGAGUAUAGCGCCCCUCACAAAUGUAUGAAUGAAUCUAUUGAGUAUGGUGAACCUAUUCCAACUUUUGGAACACACAGACCUCUGUGGGCAAUCUACGGCGAAUACACAUUUGUGCCGAUACAACGAUGGUUGCAUAACCUGGAGCAUGGUGCAGUUGUAAUGCUCUACCAUCCAUGUGCCAACAAGAACCAAGUCAAUUUUCUCAAGAAAAUGGUCAAGAGCUGCCUCUACAAGCAUGUCAUUACUCCCUAUGAUCAGCUGACUGUUGAAAGGCCUUUGGCGCUGGUUACGUGGGGUCACCGUCUAGAGAUGUCUAAAGUAGCGGGGGAGCUAGUUGUGGACUUCAUAAGAAAGAACGCCCUAAGGGGCCCUGAGAAGACAACGAAGGAUGGCCAAUACUCUCUUACUUUGAUAGAAAGGGCGAGAAUUGUAUCCGAUAUUGAUGACUCCAGCUUGUGUCCAACGUAUUCUAACAUGAAUAUGAAAUAAUGAGUAUUGAUGGUCGAAUUUAGGGUUUGCAAAAGUUAAAAGGUACUCUCGUGGUAGCUUAGGGAGAUUACACGUAUGUAUAAUGGUGGAAAAGUGUACAUGUUUUGUUUAAGUAAAAUUUUGUUAAUAUAAAGGACCUCAAACUAUUUGUCAGAUGAUAUGUUUUUGGUUUUGUGCUCUUGUCGCAUGAAUGAUCGUUUUAAAAAAUGAUUGAUACACUUUGGGUGUCAGUGACUCCCUACUCUAAAAUUAAAAAAAUAUUUGGAAACACUGAUAGUGUUGAAUUGAUUGAGAUUAGACAGAGUGUUAGUCAACGAUAUGCCAUAAUUACAAUCGCGCAUUCCUGAACCCAAUUUAAGCAUAUAAACGUCUGUGUCCUAAAAUGUAAGGUUCCAAGAUUCAUGGACUCAAAGUUCAAAAUAAAAACAUCCUAGUACCGAUUUUGUUAAAUUUUGGCAGUGUUAUUUAUUGUACUGAGACUGUAAUAGAUAUAUCUAUUUCGGGCUUUUGCGCCGUUAGUAACACAACUUGAUUACAGGAUGAUUAACUUUAUUCUGUCUAAAAAUGUAUAUAUUGAUAGGUAUUGCAAGGUACCUCGGUCAUUCCUCUGCCUAGCGCAGCAUUUCCGGUGAAUUAUAUUACUUGCAAUACCUAACAAGUUUCUAAUAACAAUAUAUUAUACAGUAUGAUCUAACCAUACUACAAGACGCUAAGUUUGUAUUAACUAGGAGAAAAUUAUUUAUGAAUUCCAAUGGCGCCUCGUUUAACAGUAGCUAGAAUAAUACUAACUAAAAAUGUACGCCACUUACCUUUUAAAAAAUACAUAUUUUUUCGAAUUAUGCAGAUGAAAAUACAACUUUUUGCCUCCCGGUAUCGCUUCGUAUCCUUCUUCGUUUUUGAGGAAAAGAAUAAAAAAAAUUUCAUGACAUAUCGAAAAAUUAAUAAAUUAUCAAUUUAAAUUAUUCGAUAUCCAAUAUUCAUUUAUGUCAUUUUUAAAAUGCAAUAAUCCGAAAGUAAAAACUGUAUAACAAAUUAUUUACAAAAAAAUGACCACCUACCGCUUCUGUACUCUUAAAUUUUCACAAUUUUUGGACAUGUUAUAAGUUAUUCUUUUUCUCAAAAAUGAAGUAAAAUACGAGGUGGUACCAAGAGUUAAAAAGGCGUAUCAGUUACUUGAUCUAGAAUAACAUUUAUUUUUAAAAGGUCAGUGGCGUACAUUCUUUUGUUAAUAUUGUCUGUGACACUGCCCCUUGAUACGCCACAUAAUUCUCUUCUAUCCAUAGUUAACUUAGGCCCGUAUCGUCAGUCGUCCCUACAAUUGUAGGGCGCCUUUAUGGCCUCCUUGAUUGUCAUAGUUUUCUACUUCUCCGUGUCAGCGCUCUAUUUUGAGGUUAUGUCACAAACAUCUAUUUGCAUCAAAUUGUGCUUGCUUUAGAGUUUUAUCAUGUUUUAUCAGCCUGAAAUUUCCUACAAUUUAAAAGGAAAACAUAUCUUAACAAUAGGAGAGCGCUGACGCUGACACGGGACGAGUGUAAUCUAGAAAUGUUUGAAGGAGAGAAAAGAGUAUGACAAUCAAUACGCGCCCUACAAUUGUAGGGACGACUGACGAUACGGGCCUUAGUGUCUUAUUGCAAUGUACAACACUUCUAAAAUUCCAGAUAAUGGGCACCAGGAUUUUUCAGGUGCUAACAAAAAACAAUUUUUUUUAUAAAACUGUAUAUUGAAAUCCAUAUUUCUUAAAAUACAUCUUUUUAUGAAUUUUUGAACUUAAAUUUCCGUUCAGGAAUGCAUGCGUCCUUGUAAUUACGGCCAAUUCCAGCAUAAAAUUGCUUAAAACAAGAAUGACACUAUUCCACCGAGAAAAACGUUGAAUACACUACCAUAAGUCUACCCACUGUCUUACUUGUUGUACCUGUAUUCUGUUUUUAUUAGAAAAUCCUUUCUUCACUAGCCUCCUUGAAACGAUCAUUCGAACGGGGCUGUCUGUUAAUAAUUAAUUAAUAACUUGCAAAUUUGUUAUAAUUUGUUACUUUCUUUCUGAAGGCAUUUACGAUACUUUUAUUCUAGGGUUACUUAAAAACAUGCAUGCAAACCUCAGCUUAACAAAACCUGCAGCUUAGAAGUCGAUAACAUAAGGUAAACAUUCUUAAGGGAGCCAAUGCCAUUGAAAUAUCAAUAAAAAAUUACUUACUACGUCGAAAUCCUCGUUUAGGACAACCAGUCAAAAAAAGAAAACGGAGAAAAAGUAUCAACAAACUAACAAUAUCAAAAUAUACAAAACUGAUCAUUGUUUGGCUACAUGAGUGAAAAAUUAUUAUUUUGUUUGCAUACUGAUGGAUGGAACAAUUAUUGCAAACCUAAUAUGGUUACUAUUUAAGCCGGCAGGUCGUUGUAAAAUCUGUAUCUUAGGUUUUCAAUAAUUUAUGGAAAUAAAAUAAAAGUUAAAAAAAUUUCACUCAUGGUGUCUAACAAUAAUCAGUUUUGUUUAUUGUGAUCUGUGCAUUUGAUGUACGUUUAUUGAUGUUUUUUCUUAGGUUUUUGAGAUUGCUUAUCUUGCAAGAGUACUUGACCUUGUAAGUAGCUUUGAAUAUUCUUGUAGCCAAAUGAUUUAAACCAAUGAUUUUUUCAAUUUCAAUCGUGAUUCAAAUUAAACUGCUGCAAAAGCAAUAAGUCGCGAAGCUAAAAUAACGCAUCAGGAAAUAAAUAAAAGAAUUUAUUCAAAAAUAAGAUUUUACAGUAUGUAAGUUUAAAAACAUAACUAAUCCUCAUCAGUCCAACGUAAAUAUUCAUAAAUUAAACUUAUAACAGCACAUUUUACAACAGAAACAGUUUAUAGUUUGUAAUAUUACCUACAUGUAUAAAUAAUAACAAAUAAAAAUUAUUAACGAAUACAUAAGUGGUACUAUAAUAUGCACAUUGAACAAAAACGUUACUCUGGCUAACCUACAGAAAAACAUAAAAACAAAUUAUGUGCUUAGGAAAUAAAUUGUAAUACUAGUACAGGAAAACUAAUUUAGCGGCUUUCUCUGUUUCCAUGCGAUUUUGAAGCUUGAAAUCUACCAAACCAAAUGUCAAAAACAGCCUUUCCACAGAUGUUGAAGAAGCUGUAGCAGAUAACAGUUGUUUAUUGGUGGGCAGUACUUUUUGAGCAGCAUCGCCAUUUUGUUGGGUUUUCCACCAUUUUAAAGCUUUUGAAGUUUUGAGGAUUUGUUAGUCAAACCUUAUGUCGCUAAAAGGAUCUAGUUUUGCCAGGAAUUGAAUUAUUCGUGGCAAGGACACACUGGUAAGUAAUUAUUUUGCGGCUUUCAAAGCACAGCUUUUUUCGUCUGCUAAUAGAUGUUGUGGUUUUGUCGGAUCAAAAAUAUAUCCUUACAGAUGACAUCGAGUGAUGCAUUGUUCGUAUUGGUGUCUAAAUUUUUGUAUUUGACUUAAACCAAAAAAAAGGAGUCUCCUCAAACAUUGAUUCGACAUUUUUGAAUUCUCUUACGUCAGAAAGGGUUCAUAAUCACUAAAUGGUCAACAGCAGAUCUUUUCAAAUAGAUAUUUGAUUUUUUUUCUUUCGCUACGUCAUCGAUUUCAUUCUUUUGCUACUCGCUAGUUUUCAGAUGUUUUGACCACGGUUCAAUGAACGCUUGUAAGCAGUCAGCCAGUGAAUUCCACCGCACGUCAUUACGUAGAACACGUUUUUUUGCCUUAUUUUGUGUAUAUCGUAGAAGCAAAGUGAACACAACACAGUUGUAUGAGGCUUUCCAGACGUGUAUAUUGUGUCUAUCAUAAAAUACUUUCCAUUUUCUAUAGUUAAUGUAGCACAGAUUAUCGGUUUCCAGCGGUCGAGCUAGAUGUUUCUUUCUUUUUUUUUACUGACUGACCUCAGAGGUAAUAGCGAUUAUGAAGUACUAUUCUCGAGAGUUUAGUGGUAAGUUCAGAUGUGAGAUAGAACUGCUACUCCUAGUAAGCUGUUGUACCUGCAAUUACAUACCAUAAUAUAGUUCCCAGUCGAUAUGAAUACCUUAUAAAUAAUGUAUUUGAACAAAAUAGGUUUGUACUUUAAACACUUUCAUUACCCACUUCUCGCAUUUAAAAAGUAAUAUAACUACGAAAUUGAAUUCUCACUCAUUUAGAUAACCUGCACAUGAGCCCGCAGGGCACCCACGUGGCAGGACAUGUUUUUGUCUUAUAUAUUUAUAUCAAAGUCAAUUGGUUAUAGAAGCUAAACAGGGCGUCCAUGACAAGUAGUAGUAGAGGUGGAGAGGCAAAACCUCGUAGCCGUUUUGCCGACCCCGUCGUACCAACACUGUACUACUCCACGAGCCAUCUACUGAUCAUUGAUAUAUCCAGCGAUGAGAUAUACCUGUUAAGAUUGGCAACGAAUUAAGUUCCGAGACGGAGAUUAGGACCCGAGAGCCCCAGCUUGGUAACUCGACGCGCUGAUCACCGAGCUACCGAGACUCUCACAAUAUGAUAAAUCAAAUUAAUAAUAAUGGUAAACUGAACCCACAUUUAAAUAAAUCUAGUCCUGGGCAAGUAGUAGCAGUACUGGCGCUAUCUCUCUUGUUAGUAUUUAAUAUAACUGCUUGACUAUUUCCGUUUUCUGAUAUACUUCCCAGUGUUCUUAAAUCGUUCAACAGUAAAGAUGGAUAAAAACAACCUAAAAAUAACACGAUUUUUUUAUUUAAAGAAAGAUCGGGAUUUUUUGCAACACCACUUGAAUCACGUCCUGAAGAAGAGAAUGAACAUUUUCGAAAGCUUGGUAUGAACACAGAAUAAACUUUCUUUCUGGGCUGAUAUUUGAUUACAUUAUGGCUGCUUCCUGAAAAAAUUAUCGCUUUGCAUCUUAGCUAGUCAGCCAACACUACCCUCCUCCUCUCGGAACAGAAGUAGUAUACAAUAGUUCUAGGACUGGACUAGUCCAGAUAUCUAUAUUGUUUCUCUUGUACUAUGGCUAAGGCUGCUCAUGCUUAUUUGAAGCAUAGCUCACCCACGUAGUCAUGAAAAAAAAGUUGCGCCCAGUGAUACAUUUUGAUUAUAAUAUUGAUUAACGUAUUGAUCUGCGUAUUCUGAAAAUAGUCAAGCAUAUACAGGGUGCGGCAGCGUAACUUCCUUUUUCAAAAACCUGAUAAAACCCAUCCUAUGAAUCAACAUUUUUACUUGUUUUUUAUAAUGUAGGCGCAUUUUUUAUUUUAUAUUUUGUAUACAUAGUUUUUAUCAUGACGGUGUUAAUGAUGUCCACAUAAUAAUUUUGUAAGGUACCAUCUGAGUACAAUAUGCUUUAGCGAGCGAUAAUAUCAGAAAGAAUAUAUUAAUAAAUUAAUUUUAUAAAUGUCACAUAGCGCUAAAAAAAUGUUUUUUAUUGAUGUCCGCAAACGAAUAAACUCGUAUCAGAUAAUAUCAGUAUAAAUCUAUUAUGAAACAAAUUUUUUCAGUAAGCUUAAAUGUCAUAUAAAAUUGUUGUGUAAAGAUUUAUAAGACAAUAUUAAAAUUUGUCGUAAAAUUGUUUUGUAUAUUUGCUCUAAGAAUGUUCUUACGACUAUCUAUAACGCGACUAUAAAGCAAACUACUUCUUGAAAGCUUAAUUGUCUUACUGGAAAAUUUAUUAAAACAAAAUUGGGUGCAAUAGCACGGACAGUUGACCAUUAUAAAAUAUCUUUGCUAGUUGCCAAAAAGCAUUGAAGUCCACAUUUUUGCCUUAUUUUACGUACCUUUAGCCAUCACCAAGAUAGUAAUACUAAUAUAUUGAAAUUGUAACCUAUACUCGUAUAUACGCAUGGACUUUUUUACACUAACCCUUAUAUCUGCUAUACAUCUGUGUUUGAAAUAUACGCAUAAUUAAAUAUUUUUAUAAAAUUUGUUAUUAAGCAAAAACAUUUAAUAAGAACUCUCGAAGUAAACAUGGAAUCCAUAUUUCGUGAUGUUUCAACUUCAUUUUACGACGGCUGUUUUUAAGUGUAUUACAAAAAUCGUUUUUGCAAUGACAAAAUGUGCUAACUAACUACUUUAGUGUUGAUAUAAUGAUACUUAAAUUAUUUUAUUACAAUACAAACCAGAAUAAGAAAUCAAUACAAAAUUUUGACCUUUUUUCCUAAAAUUCAAUAAUAACUACUAUACUUGAGGCGCGUAAAAAUCUGGCUACUUAUAUCCCAUUAUACUAAAUGACAUGGAAAAUGCAACACCGACUAGUUAUGCUGUAAUUUUGAGCAUAUUUUUUCAAGUAAUAGGUCUACUGAUAAUUAGAAAGUGAUUAAAACUCUCGGAAUUUCGCAAAAUAGCUAUUUCCCACGUCAAUAUUAAUAAUGUGUUGAAGCUCCUCUGUUAGCUGCACAUUCGCCCAGCCGUCGUGGCGUUCAUUGGAUUAGGUGAUUGAUGUCUUCUUGGUGUAUCGUAUCCCAGUCCUGCAUUUGGUUUUGUAGAGCCUCCAAUGUUUGUGGAGGGUGCGGUAAAUUUUGCCACAUUAUUCCAAUCAUGUCCCAUACAUGUUCGAUGGGGGAAAGGUCUGGAUAUCAAGGAGGCCACUGAAGCGGAUUUACUCCGGACGUUUCUAACAAGUCUAAACUAACACGUGCGACAUGAGGUCGUGCAAUGUCCUGCUGAAAAAGUUGAUCUUGCAAUGUUUCCGAAAAGGGCGGCAGAUGUGGUUGUAAAUAUUCGUGGAUAUAGCGCUGGGCCGUCAUGCUACCUCGAAUGAACACUAAUAGUGAUCUGCUGCCAUAAGCAAUGGCACACCAUAUCAUAACACCCACAGUGCGAUGAAUAUGCGAUUCACCGCGUCUCCUCCAUACUACUCCAUACUCCAAUCUGGUCUCAUCGCUGAACACGACUGAGUUACAUUCCAUAUUCCAUUCAAGUCUCUACCUACUCCAUACUAAAUCGUUGCCGACGGUGCUGUGGGGUCAGGGGUAGUACCAGAUGGGGACGGUGUGAAAACAGUCCAAAGGACCUUAUUUGGCGAUAAACUGUCCUCAUUGUUAUUGCCCUUCCAACAGCAUCAAACCAUUGGUUCGCAGCUGCCCUUGUUGUGUAAAAUCGAUCUCUAAUAACGAUCCUGUCUUUCUGUAGUCUGUCUUUGACGUCCAGUGCCUCUAACUCUUCGAUUUCGGCCUUCUUGGAACCGAACAGUAGCUUCGUUUUGAUUCACCCGAUUAGCGAUUUCUCUAAAAGAACAUCCGGCUUCACGUGUCCAAGCCCUCUCAAACUCGAAGUUCAGUUAAAUUAGCGCGUCUGCAAACUCUAGGUAUGAUAAUGCUAUGAAACAACAAUCAAACAAAUGGAACCAAUACAGAAAAAGCACUGAAAAUUAAGUAAACACGUUCAUAUUGUUGGGAUCCUGAUAUGACAAAAAAGCCUUUACAGAAAAAGCACGGCUCGGAAUGCCUUCAACAUUUUAUCAACGUAUACUUCCAUGAUAUCAAAUGUGUUUACAAGUUUCUAUAAAAAUUCAAUAAAUAACUCUGGGUGUUGCAUUUUAUAUGUCACUUAGUAUAUUAUACAAAAAAAUUUCUUGGGCAGUAAAAUAAAAACCAUCAGAUUGCAAAUCUCUCUUACUCAAACAUAUUUUAUUUGAUAAAAAAAUCUAAUGCUUGCGUUUUUGUUAUAUCAAGGAUCAUUAAACAACAAAUUAUUCUCAGUGGGUGCACUUUAACAACAAAAGCAAACUUUUAGUGUUAGUCAAAAUAAAAAUCUGCUACUGAGAUAAUAAAACAACUUUUAUAAAUCUGUUUUAUUCUAGCUCUAUAAGUGUUUUCAAUAAAAUUGUUUUGUAAUUUUAAAAACGUGUGAACAGUUAUCCGGUAAAAGCUGUGGGAGACUUAAUAAAAGAAAUUAAAAAAGAAAAUUGCCGCACAAGGGUGCAACUUUUUUGGGUUUAUAAGCGUUGUAUAAACGCUGUUAUAACGUUUAUAGUGGCAUUGUUAUUUUAUAAAGAUAGUUCUGUAAACGUUGUUAGGCCAUUUAUAAAACAUUAAUCGUUAGUUGUGACAUAGAUGGCGCUAGUAUCCUUUUGGUUCAUUUCUAGGCCCCUGAAUAUAAUUGGUUGCCUAUCUUCAGGUAAAAUAAAUUAGUCAAUUAGCAAAAGCAUAUUUUGACUCAUCAGCUUUAGAGCUAUUUUAGCAUAGAAUCGAAUAAGUAAACUUUUAGAGUACCGCUUUUAAGCCC